AUGUGGCUGCUCAUUGCAAUCCUGCUCCUCGUACAAGCACCCACGAGCUCCGAAGGUGCCACCAAGCAGAAGAAGGCUCUAAACCCCGAGGCUCUCAUGAACGUUAGCCAAAUCAUCUGCCACAGAGGGUACCCCAGUGAGGAGUAUGAAGUGCUGACUCGUGAUGGCUACUACAUCCACCUGAACAGAAUUCCUCAUGGAAGAGAAAAGCCUAAGAACAGAGGGGCCAAGCCAGUCGUGUUUCUCCAGCAUGGGAUAUUUGGAGAAGGCAGCCACUGGGUGGAAAAUCUGGCUAACAACAGCCUUGGCUUCAUACUAGCAGACUCUGGCUACGAUGUGUGGCUGGCAAACAGCCGGGGGACCAGCUGGUCCCGGAGACACCAGCACCUUUCAGCUGACCAGGUGGAAUUCUGGGAUUUCAGCUUCCAUGAGAUGGCAAUGUUCGACCUCCCGGCCGCCAUCGACUUUGUGCUGCAGAAAACGGGGCAGAAGCAGCUCCACUACGUUGGCUACUCCCAGGGCUGCUCAGUUGCGUUUAUUGCAUUUUCAUCCAUGCCCGAACUGGCUCAGAAAGUCAAAAUGUUUUUUGCCCUGGCUCCAGUAGUGUCACUCAAGCACACCAAAAGUCCAUUCAUGAAGAUGCAGCUCCUUGUGGACAACAAGCUCAAGAUGAUUCCGGCGCUGCUGGGCAGAACGGACGCGUCCCUGCGCAUCAGGAAGCUGUGGCGCUUCCUCCCGGAGCUGUGCAGGCACACGCUGCUGCACAGGCCCUGUGCCAGCCUCUUCUUCCUGCUGGGCGGCUACAACGAGAAGAACCUCAACAUGACACGGCUGGACGUGUACACAUCCCACUAUCCAGAUGGCACCUCUGUCAAAAACAUCAUCCACUGGGCCCAGGUGAUAAAAUCCGGAGAAUUCAAAGCCUUUGACUACGGCAGCGAGAACGCAGCUAAGUACCACCAGGACACACCGCCCUUGUACCGCGUGGAGGAGAUGCCGGUGCCCACGGCGGUGUGGUCGGGAGGGCAGGACUGGGCAGCUGACUGGAGGGACGUGCUGCAGCUGCUGCCCCGCAUCAGCCACCUCGUCACCUACACCCACAUCCCCGACUGGAACCACUGGGACUUUGUCUGGGGCCUGGAUGCCCCUGGGCGCCUCUACAGCAGCAUCCUGAGGCUGAUGGAGGGGUCCCGGUAGAGCGGCGGCUCCCGGGGGAGUGCUGGUGGCCUGGCCCCUGUCCCUCAGCUGAGACAGCCCCAGGAGAGGGUGGGACACUCCCUGCUGUCCCCUCCUUCCUGCUGGCCUGACACGCUUGUGGUGAUGGUGCUUUCCCCGCGUCCCUUGGUUGUUGGGGUCUGUCCUUCUUGCCUGGGAGCUCCGCUGGCACCGUGCUGGGAGGGCAGCACCGGGCUCGGCCGAGGCACCGGAGCAGGCAGGAGCCACCAGCCCUGCUGGGAGAGCCCCAACACGCUGGCGUUGACCCAGGGACACACGGGGACCCUGC